GGUUUCUUGAGACCAUCGAGUUUCCCAAUGCAGUUACCCAAUUCUCCUGCCGAUCGCUUCAAACGGAAAACAAUCCUGGGCCCACAAUGAAGCGUCCACUUGCAUCGCUUGCGCUCCUGCUGGCCAUCAUCGGCCUAACAUUCGCUGACAACCCUAUUAUUCAAACCAUUUACACGGCUGACCCAGCUCCAUACGUGUACAAUGACACUAUCUGGCUCUUUGCGGACCACGACGAGGAUGCGGCGAGCAGCUUCUUCCUGAUGAAAGAAUGGCGCCUGUACUCCAGCACCGAUGUAGUCAACUGGCAAGAUUACGGCGUAAUCGCGAGCCUUGCGUCGACCUUCAAGUGGGCCACCGACAGAGCCUGGGCACCGCAGGCGGUCGAGCGCAACGGUAUCUUCUACAUGUACUGCCCGGUGCAGGUCAAUGGUGGUGCAAUGGCAAUUGGCGUUGCCACCAGCAAGACCAUAACCGGCCCGUAUGUGGAUGCCCUGGGGAAGCCGCUGGUACAGAACAACAACAUCGACCCGACUGUCUGGAUCGACGACGACGGCCAGGCCUACUUGUACUUUGGAAAUCCGGGGUUUUCCUACGUCAAGCUCAACAAGGACAUGAUCUCGUACAGCGGCUCCGUGAUCAACGCCAACAAGCCCAACGGCUUUGUAGAAGCGCCCUGGCUUCACAAGCGUAACGGCAAGUACUACCUCUCAUACGCCUCCAACGGCAUCCCAGAGAGCAUCUCGUACUCGACGUCCACCAGUCCCACCGGCCCAUGGAACGGCAGGGGUGGCACUAUCAUGGCCGCCGCGGGUUCCAGCUUCACCAACCACCAGGGCAUUAUCGACUACAAGAACCACUCCCUUUUCUUCUACCACAACGGCGCCCUUCCGGGCGGUGGCGGCUACCACCGCUCCAUCUGCAUCGAAGACUUUACCUACGGCUCCGACGGCUCCAUCCCCACCCUCAAGAUGACGACGGCUGGUGCUGCGCAGAUCGGCAGCCUCGACCCGUACGUCAGGACCUCGGCCACCACCAUGGCCUUUUCCUCGGGUGUCAAGACGGAAAAGUACAGCGAGGGCUUCAUGGACGUGACCAACACCAACGCCAACGGCGCCUAUAUCAAGGUCAAGGGCGUCGACUUUGGCACCACCGGUGCCACGUCGCUGUCAGUCCGUGUGGCCAGCCCCGGUGGCAAUGGCAGGCUCACGGCUAGCCUGGGCAGCCGGACCGGCACCGUGAUUGCGACGUGCACCGUCGCCGCGACGGGCGGCACGCAGAAGUGGGCGACGGUCAACUGCCCCGUCACAGGCGCCAAGGGCAAGAAUGACUUGUACUGGACGUUCUCGGGCAGUUUUGGCUUUGCUUGGUGGCAGUUCAGUGCUACAAAAGCGGCCAGUAAGGCUCGCGGUUUCAAGGCGUGAGUGCAUGCCUGGUGAAGUGUUGUAUAUAGUACUCUCGACGACCAACGUGAGAAAGAACUUCGAUGCUUGAAUUUUAUCUCCACAACACCUGCAUGAGUCGAAGUUAGCC